UUGAUGCACAUCAUUGUAAGGAAAACCUUGUUCCUGAUCUUUCUACCAUUGCCUUACUGAGUCUCCAUUUAUCUUGUGGUAUAAAACGACUGACAGCUCUGAGCUGGAGGCAUAUUUACGCUUUAAAGUAAUAUCGUUUAGUUUGAAGCUCUCAAAACACAUUUAAGUGUAUAUUUAUCUUGUUUAGUUUACUUCAGAGCCUGGAGCCAAAGUCCUUGAAGACUGGAGCUGUGAAUGGCGCGGAAGUUGACGUUGCCAUGGGAGCAUGUUUGCAUUUCCGUAAACAGAAUCUGCAGAGUACUGCUUUGUCAGGAGGCACCUGCUGCAAACAUAUAUGAGUAACGUAAAAAAAAACAACUAGCCAACACGAGCUGUUCAACUAAAUGUAGUGGUAUAAAUACAGUGGAUUUAUUUGAGUUCACUUAAUUUUGUUAUGAUGAUCAGUCAGAAAAACAGGACGAUAUGUCGGGAAUUCACUGGACCAACGCCAAAUUCAGUUGCGGUGAGAGCAAGGUUGUCUUCCUCAAGACCCCCGAAUCACCUUAUCCUGGAGAGGAGGAAGCAGGAAGCUACACGGGACAAGCUAUUGGAUUUUACUCGCAACCAGAGCACCUGCGACGUGAGGAUGCGCUGGGAGACGAACUCCGAUCGCCAAAUCGUCUUGGGCACUAUCGAGAGACGCGUUAACGAAGCCAUGGAAAAGUAUCAGCUGGGCAUCGAAGAACGAAGAGAUAGGCUCCAUGCUUUGUUGGAGGUAGAGGAGAGAGAGCUCUUGAGGGAGAUGGAGGAGGGGAAGGAGACCGUUCUGGAAAGGCAAGCAAAGAUGCGAGAGAAGGCCAAGAUACUUCGUGAGAGGAGAGAGAGUGAUCGGCAGCAAGUGGUGGCUGAAAAACUGGACCAACUCUUCAGGGAUCGGAGCGAGGACCUGCGCGUGAUCGAGACGCGCCGGCGCCAGGGCGAGGUCUGCUCCGAGCGCGCCUCCCAGAUCCGCUCGCGGGAGGAGGCGCGGAGGCAGCGGGCGGACGAGGAGCAGCUCUUCGCCCAGAUGUGGGAGGGCGAUCGGCGGGCCAAGCAGGAGCGCGAGAGCCAGGAGGCGCGGCGGCAGCGCGAGAGCAACGCCGAGCAGGUGUCCUUCCUGCGCACGCAGAUGGAGGCGGCAGAGCAGCAGAGGGCCGAGGACAGGCAGCUGAAGGAGGAGGAGGCGCAGAUACUCAGGGAGCAGAGGGAGAUGCUGCGGCUGGAGGAGGAGAGGCAGCGGCACCAGAAGGUCCAGAGCCAGGAGGACCGGCGCCGCCUGCUGGACCUGUCGCUGCGGCUGAAGAUGAAGCGCCGCGCUCGGGAGCAGCAGGAGGAGCUGGCCCUGGACAUGAACAUCCUGGAGCAGCUGCUGGCCGAGGCGAAGGACGAGAAGCAGGGAGAGGCCCAGAGGAAGGUGGACCUGGGCGAGGAGCAGAGCAGGUACCGAAGGUACUUGGCUGAGCAGAUGGAGGAGCAGAGGAGGCAGGAGGCUGAGACGGAGCAGCUGAUCGAGGCCGAUCUGCAGCAGACCUGGAAACGCCGGGCCGAGAAGAACCGCCGCGAGAAGGAGGCCCGUGACCGCCUCAUGAAGGAUGUCAUGGACACCCGCCGCGUGCAGAUCCAGUGCAAAUUGGAUCAGAACAUGCAAAGACAGGCCGAGCUGGUCCAGGAGAGAGAGGAGCUGGACAGUACCGUCCAGGAGAACAAGCUGCUGGACGAGGAGGAGAAAAGACGUCUGAGAGAAGGCAGUCUGGAGUACCAGGCAGACCUGCUGGCCCAGAUGCUUCACCAGCAGAAGUUGCACGAGGUGGAGCGGGGCGAGGCGGAGAGGGAGUACCAGACGGGCCUGGCCUUCCAGGAGGAGUACAGCAGGAAGGUCCAGGACAUGCUCUCUAGGCCCACGUCCAACACCACACACAUACACCCCUUCAGGAGAAGGGACCUCAAGCCUCCAGCGACGGUGGCUGAGAUGGAUCUCUCUAUGGUUUAGUAAUUAAUCCUUUAGCGCCUCUGGCACAGGCUGCAGUUGUGGGAGCUAUAGAUUUAUCAUCAAAUUGCGUUAUAGAACUAAUCGAAGAAAAACUAAUAAAUGCAUAAUGGUUA